UCAUCCAAGCAUCAAGCGAAGGCAAUUUGGUACUACUGCUAGUUAGCAAUCUUACUUCAACAUCCACAUAUUGAUCGACCACCCUGGUCAUCAAACACCGAUUCACCAUGCCGUCGAUUGACAAGGUCACCGACAACGGAGAGAUGAAGCAGCGGCAGCCAGAGCAGCAGCAGCCGUCCAUGACCAUGGGCCCCAUGCUGCAGCAGCCGCUCAACUUCAGCAGCAGCCACGUCGCGCGCUACCUCACCGGCGCCAAGCCCACCUACCCCACCGCAGUCGCCGCGUACACCGACGUUCGUGACGUCGCCCGCGCCCACGUCCUUGUCUAUGAGCACCCCGACGCACACGGCCGCUACCUUUGCAUCGGCGCCGUGCUGCACCGCGCCCACUUCCUCCAGCUCGUCGGCGACCUCUUCCCUCACUACAACAUAACCGCCAAGUGCGAAGAGGACGGCAAACCCAUGGCGAAGCCGUACAAGUUCUCGAACCGGAGGCUGAGGGACCUAGGAUUGGAGUUCACUCCACUAUGGGGAAGUUUGUACGAGACGGUGACUUGCUUGCAGAAGAAGGGCCACCUGCCUCUGCCCAUUGUUCCCAUGGCAACAAAGCGUGCCUACUUGUAACAGGACAAGGGACAAGUCUGUCCGAUGAAACAAACAGAGCAGAGCAGGAAUGAAAGAAGAUGAAGAAGAAAUCAGGAUUUUUUGGAUUCCUUGCACGGAAUUGUGUAUUUCUACAAGUGU